GCUCAUCCAGAAAAAAAAAUUUGAUGCGCACUUUUAUUUUCUUCCAUUUGUUAAAUGUUUGAGAAAAAAAAACAAACCCGGAAAAUCGAAACAAUUUCAGAUUCUUUGGAUCCAUCAACAACAAGUGUUAAAACAACAACAACAAGGAUGGCCGAUUAUAUUUCAUUAAAAUCAUCAGAUAAAUCUGAUGUUGAUCAAUUGGAUUCACCAUCAAUAAUGACCGAUAGCGGUAAUCAUGAAUUUAAUGAUUUUAAAAGUUCAGAAUCAUUGGUUACAUUUAACAAAACCAAAAUGAUUUAUUCAUUCAAUGAUGAAUUGUGGGCACAUUUUUCCGUAUUUUUGUCAUCAUAUAAAAUGUCUGAUGAGGAUCAUGUUGGUAUUUGUCGAUUGCCCGACGAUACUUUUAUUGUUUCAAAAUUAAUUCGUGACUGUGAAGUGGAUGCUGAACUGGAAAAUUUGGAUGAUAUCGGUCUUUUGGACGAUGAUAAAAUUAUUGCUAAAAAAACUUGUUUCAAUCCAAAAGAUUUACAAAUGGAUAAUAAUAAGAAGCCAGUAUAUUUUCAAUUCUGCUAUCAAAAUGUUAAUGGUGAUAUAUUGGGUAAAUCUACACCAUUCCAGAUUAAAGAUUUGGCCGAAAUGCAAAGUUCAUCAAUGUCACCACCGCAAAUGAUUGAAAGUACAGCCACUACAAGUGGUGUUGAUCGUCCAGAUGAAGAGGAUUUCAUUGUGGUUCGAUCACAAGAAAGUUUUCUCAAAGAAAGAAUCGAGCAUUUGACCAAAUCAAACAAUUUACUUCAAUAUCUUAUCCGUAAUAUGGAAAAAGAUAUUGUUGACAAAGAAAAUGAAAACAAAGAAUUGAAUUUGCGAUUAAAUUCGACCGUAGAAGAAUUGCAAAAAAUCAAAAAAGCACAUGCUAAUUCGGUGGAAGAAUUAGAAUAUAUUAGCCAUCAAAGAGUUGAUCUUGAUACUGCUAAAUCACAAUUGGAGGAAACAUUAAGAACUGAACGAGAACUUCGACGAAGAUUGGAAAAAGAAUUAUCCGAGAUGCAAAUCACAUAUAAAGACUAUGAUAAAGAUUUGAAAGAAUCACGUGAAAAUGUCGAUCAAUUGCAGGCAAUUUUGUUGCAGAAAGAGGAUGACAUUUCAUUAGCACAAGAUAUGGUAGCCAAUCUUCGUAAAGCAAACACUGAAUUGCUUACUAAAGUAAAUUCGUUGGAAGAUGAUCUGGAAAGUACCAAAUCAACUUUGGCCAAAACAUUGGAUGAACGACGUGCAUUGAUGGAUGAACGUUCGAAUUGGCAAACAUCAAUGAAAACAUAUGAUGAAUCGAAAAAUUAUCUUAUACAACGUGUUGAAGAAUUGGAAAAAAAUCGCGAAAAACAAUCAGCAGAGAUUAAAUCAUUGGAAGAAGAAUUACGUCAAUCGAUUUCGAAUCUAAAAAAUAUCAAUUCCAAAUCUGAAAAAGAGCAAUCAUAUAAUCAGAAAAAAGAACAAGAUCUGAUUAUAAAGAUUGAUAAACUUAAUGCUGAUUACAUUGAAAUGCGUGCUCGUUUAGAACAAGCAAAAGUUGAAUAUGGUAAUUUGUUUGUGAAAUAUCAAAAUUUACAAAAGAAACAUGAACAUGUUAGUUCAAAACGAGAUAAAUCCAGUACAAUGUACCCAAAAUUACCAUCAAGCGAUUCAUUUCGUAGUAAUUCUUUUUCUAAUGCUGAUAACCUGGUCAUUAUUGAUGAUCCAGUUGAUCGUAUUCUCAACGAAAUGGAUUCGGCUGCCCAAAAUCUGGUCAAUACGACUGCAAAUGUGCCAUCAUUUGAAGAGGUUAAUGAAAUUCCAAUACAAUCAUCAUCUGCCGAACAACAAACAAUGGUAAAAACAUUGGCUACCGAACCAUCGGCACCACAGCAACAAAAUCGACCACAACAAAAGGAUAAUGAUGAUAAUGAUUCAAUUCGUGUACGAAGCAUUAUCGAUAUGCCAUGUACAAUGUGUGAAGAGGUGAUUCGAUGUAAACAAACCGAUGAAAGUGGACAAAUGAAAGAAAUGAUUGAACAUUUUGAAAAUGUACACAAACAAAAAAUGUGUCCAGUUUGUUCGGUAUUGUUCGAUACACGAUUAUCGAUAUUUAAAUCAUAUUUUUCAACACAUUUACAGAAUCAUUUCAAUCAGAUGAAAUAUCCAUCCACAUCAUCAUCAUCAAAAUGAUCAACGAAUGUGACCCCGAUUAAAAUUAAUGAUGACAAUAUUGUUUC